AUGAACAUUACUACUUCGACCGGCUCCAUAGAAGACCGCAAAGCUCCGUUGCCGGUUGUCCACGUCUUCGACGUUGACCAGCGCACGGGAUUUAUGGCGCCUCACCCUCCGCUUGCGCGCCUGCCCGAAGCUUGGGAGAUAUGGGAAGCCAUGCUAGACGCCGCCGUCGCAGCGAAAUUACAACUCGGCGAUAAAAUUGACCUCACCGACGAGGAGGCAGCUGCGUCCAAAGAGUGGCGUAAGAAAGCUCGAGAGAUGCCACUUCUCCCCGUAGGGGACCUCAGCGGCUCGGCAGUGCUUCUCCGGCGGGCGCACCUGGUUCUAGCUUACAUCUUGCACUUCUAUGUGCAGAGCCUCCCACCGGAUGAACCGGUAUCCAUCCCACCCUCAAUUUCCAUCCCCAUUCUCCGCGUCUCGAAAGAGCUCGACAUCCCACCCCUGCUCACCUUCUCCGACACCGUCCUAUAUAACUGGGACUUCCGUGUGGCACCUGAUGUUGACGAUGCAGUGCCCACGACGGACAACAUCCGCACACAAACCAUGUUCACGCGCACCGUCGACGAGGAACAGUUCUACCUCUGCUCUACGCGCAUCGAGUUGCGUGGUGUCGAGAUCCUCGAGCUCAUGCGCGUCACCAUGGACGAAACCUUCGUUGGCGACGCGAUCGCCUUGCGUGGUGUCGAGAUCCUCGAGCUCAUGCGCGUCACCAUGGACGAAACCUUCGUUGGCGACGCGAUCGCCGUGCGUCGCAUUGCGGGGUACCUAGAGACAAUCGCCGGGGUUAUUGACGAUCUCAAGGUGCUUCUCCUCGACGUGCAGCGCCUCUGCAACCCCGAGGUGUACUACAACGUCGUUCGCCCAUGGUUCCGUGGGGAAGACUCCUACGAGUUCCGCGAGAAACGCAAGUGGACAUUCGAAGGACUUGAAGACGCGGCGGACGUCGUCGCCCCGACUGAGCUCUCCGGCCCGAGCGCGGGCCAGAGCUCGAUGGUCCACGUCCUCGAUAUCUUCCUGGGCGUCGACCACCAGGCGACGACCCCCGGGAAGCCGUCGUUCAUGUCGAGGAUGCAAUCGUACAUGCCCCACAACCAUCGCAUGUUCCUUGAUCACCUCAAGGCAAACCCUCGCCCACUGAGGAACUUUGUGGUGGAUGCGAAGGAUGACAAGCUCCUGGCGGCGUACACAAGCGCAGUCAAGGCGCUCAAGGAGUUCCGUGAUGCGCAUAUGAUCAUCGUGACCCUCUAUGUUACAGGCCCUGCGAGGAGAGCGGCGAAGAUCGCAUUGGAGAAAUCGGUGGCUGGAGGUGUUGAACAUGUCAACGCAGCGGCCUCGGCUCCGUUGAAGGGCACCGGGGGGACCGAUCUAGUGAAGUUCUUGAAGGAUACGCGCACGCGCACGACAGAGGCCCUGAUAUCAUAG